GUGGCGGACGGCCGCGCUAGUUUUGACAGUCCCAGUGCUCUUAUAACCAAAAACUAAUUAAAUAAAUAAAUUCGUGCGAUUAUUUAUAAAGUGAAAAAGUGAUUAUUUCGCAAUUGUGCCCAUCAAAGUGAAGUGUUUACGUUUUAAUUCAGUUGCUUACAUUCCCAGGAACGAUGGAAAUAAUUGACGUACCCCCAAAAAGGAUAAAAAAUAAAUCGUCGAUAUUAAUAAUAAGAAGGUGAUGUAGAAGUAUUACUUUCGCCAUAAAUACGUAAUAGUUAAUACAUGUUCAAUUAAACGUGUAGAUGUAGACUGAUAUUAAACGUUAAGGCCUAAAUUAUAUAAUCUAUUCUAACUAUCUACCACUUUAAAUCUACUCGUCCAAUAAGACAAAUAAUUUGAUCAUUUAUAUUUUUCAACUAAAGCAAUAUGUCUACGCUUGUUGAAUGAGGUCUACGAUGAUGGCUUGUUACGAGGAUAAGAAGAAAUUUUAUUGUCGAGAGUGGGCUUUUCAGAAGCUGUCGCAUUGCUUGGACCAGCGGCCGGUUUCGAAGACGUGCGGCGCGUUACUGUUGGGGGGGCCGGGCUGCGGCAAGACGACGUUUUGUUCGGAAAUAUGUUGGCCAUCUCAGGGACCAUCGGGACGUCAGCAAAGAGCUCUCAACAGACGUCUUCUAUGCUAUCACUUUCUGGCGGGCCAGAACGAGAAAAGCCUUUCGCUGAGCGAAUUUGUGCGCUCGCUCGUCACCCAAAUACUGAACCAUUCGACGGAAAGCCAGCGCGAAAGGAGCAUAAGGCGGAAGCUGGCGAAUGACGCGAAGUGCACUGAAGGUGCCUCGAAGGCAACAAACAUAUCACAGGAUCCUUCCAAUUUGUACGGUAACCUUUAUACAGAUUCAUUAUCGCCAACUUUAGAUACUAAAAAGGUCUCCGAAGCCACGCCUCCGAUUCCUAAUCUUCCGGUCAACCCGAGAACGCUGAUCGCCGACGCCUACCUCGAAAAACUCAAGUCUGAUCCCGAAAUACAAUUCGCCUUACGUGCAAAAAACAUAGAAUUAAAUCCCGACGACUGUCUGAAACGAGCCUUGCUAUUUCCACUACUCGAAAUCGAUCCUCCCAAAACGUCCCUUUUUAUACUGGUCGACUCGAUCGACGAACACUCUUUUAUAUACUCGAACUCGACGUUGACCAAAUCGAAGCCGCGCGAACGCUCGUCGCAGUCGCGGACGAUCGCCGAAUUGCUCGCGAACCACCACCACCUCUUCCCGCAGUGGCUGCUGCUGGUGUGCACCGCCAGGAAACAAUCGAAGAGCAUCGCGAAGAUGUUUACCGGCUUCCGAAAGCUUAGCUUGGACGAUUUGAGGAAAUCUCAGGUGGUGCGCGACGUUCAGCAGUACAUCCUGGCCCGAUUGGACCAGGAGAACAGUUUGCGCCAGCACAUCAGCCGCGACACCGCCGAGAUGCUAAACCAGCUGCACAUCAAGAGCAACGGUUGCUUUCUCUACCUCGAAAAGGUGCUGGACGGCGUAUCGGACAAUUUCAUUGUGCUGCGUGAGGUGCGCGAGAUUCCCGGCACUUUGAACGGCCUGUACCUGUGGCUAAGCCAGCGGCUUUUCAAUCGAAGACAGUUCGCGAAAGUGCAGCCGCUGCUUAACGUGAUACUCGCCGCGAAGUGCGCCCUAAACGAAGCGCUCCUCUUUGACAUAAUGAAAGUGUACAACUCGAAGAUGACCUUGGAGGAUUUCAAAAAACGAUUUCAUCUGCUAAAGCGGAUUCUGGUAAUCUCGAAGACCGGCACCAUUAAGCUAUUUCAUCAUUCCUUCGCCGAGUGGCUGCUCGACAUUAAGCACUGCACCCAGAAGUAUCUCUGCAACAUCUUCCACGGCCACUGCACUCUCGCGAUGUACUACUCGCUGCAGGCGAAAUACUUGAGCAAUCAGGAAAUCUACGAUUACGCCUUCCACCUGUCCAGAAUGGAGCAGUAUCUGUCGCAGGUGCCCAAUCAGAAGUGCACGAAUUUGGUUUACAAGCUAAACAAAGACCGGCCGAACGUCUACGGCGAAAACUCGCUGGAGAAGACCACGUCGGAGGUCUACGCGGACCUGAAGGCGUUGCAGAAUGUCACCAAGUACGAAAACACCUACGACAAUUGCGGCGGGGGAGAGGCGCUUGACACAAGCUUCAUCGACACCGAAGGCAGCCCCCAUCACAACCUAGAAACGAAUGAUCUGAACGCCAAAGACUUUGACAAAUACGAAAACAUACCGCUGGCGAGCCCGUGCUCGGAGAGCAGGCCGAAGUCGCCGAUCUACGGCGUCAUCAACAAGUCGAGGACGAAAAACGAGAAGGCGAAGAAUUCGGCGAACGUCGUCAUGAACAAGGACUUUACCGGUUUCUCGAUACAAAAAUUGGACGCGCCGAACGAUCUGAACGGAACGAGCGCGAAGAGCGAGGAGCCGAGCAAAAACCCGCUCGACGUGCACACGCUGAUCGUGCUUUGGUUGAUAACGAACGGGGCGAACGUCGAGGAGUGCCUGCUUGAGGGUAACGAAAUGGCGGGCGUCAAUUUUGGGGCGUUCCUGCCUACGGAUCAGAAGGUGUUAAAGUUGCUGUUGGAGGCGGGCGCGGUCGAGCAGGCCGAUCCAGAGGACGGCGACUAUGAGAGUCAGCUGUCGUUGGUGACAUCGUCUACAGAACCUAGCCCGGAACCGCUUUUCGAUCUCCACGACCUGCACGGACAGGCGGCGUUACACGUCGCGGCUCGAUUGGGUCAAGCUCAGGUGGUGAAAGUGCUGCUACAGGCUGGCGCGGAUGUCGAUCAGGCGGACGGCGACGGAUGGACGCCUCUUCGCGCCGCCGCCUGGGGCGGUCACACUGAAGUCGUCGAGCUACUCGUUAAACACGGCUGUGCGCUCGACAGCGUCGACGCGGAGAAUCGCACCGCCUUGAGGGCGGCGGCGUGGUCCGGCCACGAAGAGAUCGUUAAAAUUUUGCUCGAGAACGGCGCCAACGUUAAUUUAACCGAUCACGAAGGCCGCACCGCCCUUAUUGCCGCGGCCUAUAUGGGUCACGCCGAAAUUGUGGAGCACUUACUGAAUCACGGGGCGGAUAUUAACCAUGCGGACGCCGAUGGCCGCACCGCAAUUUCGGUUGCGGCCCUGUGCGCGCCUCGGUCACCUGGAGCGAAUGUUGUGGUCACUUUGUUGGAGCGAGGCGCCACUGUCGACCACCGAGACAAAGAGGGAAUGACACCGUUACUUGUUGCUUCUUUUGAAGGACAUAAGGAAGUGUGCGAGCUUUUAUUGGAAAGCGAAGCCGACGUUGACCACUGUGAUAAUGGCGGACGCAGUCCGCUUUGGGCCGCGGCGAGUAUGGGUCACGCGCCCGUCGUCGCGCUUCUGUUAUUUUGGGGCUGUUGCAUAGACUCGAUGGACUCUGAAGGGCGAACCGUACUGUCGGUCGCUGCGGCUCAAGGUUGCGUCGAGGUCGUAAAGCAGCUGCUGGACCGCGGUCUGGACGAACAACACCGAGACAAUUCCGGUUGGACUCCGUUGCACUACGCCGCGUUCGAAGGUCACCAAGAUGUUUGCGAGGCUCUGUUGGAGGCCGGUGCGCGGAUCGAUGAGGUCGAUAACGAGGGUAAAGCCGCUUUGGUUUUGGCUUCGCAAGGGGGGCAUACGACUCUGGUUAGCUUAUUCCUGGAUAAAUACAACGCGCCGUGCGAUCAGAGACCGCACGACGGUAAAACUGCGCUACGGUUAGCAGCGUUGGAGGCGCACUACGACAUUGUACAAAUUUUAAUCUCACACGGCGCCGACUUGGACUCGAAGGAUGCAGAUGGACGCAGCACCCUCUAUGUCUUAGCGUUAGACAAUCGGUUAGUCAUGGGCAAAUUUUUCAUUCAACAAGGCGCGGAUGUCGAAACCAGAGAUCUAGAGGGUCGCACUCCGCUGCACGUCUCGGCGUGGCAGGGCCACACGGAGAUGGUAGCCCUCUUGCUAACGUGCGGGCAUGCGCAAGUCGACGCUGUCGAUUUAGAAAAUCGCACCGCGCUGCAUUCGGCCAGUUGGCAGGGUCACCACGAGAUCGUCAAGUUGCUCCUGGAAAACGGCGCGAUUCCGGACCACACCUGCAAUCAGGGCGCGACAGCUUUGGGAAUCGCGGCGCAGGAAGGUCACGAGCUGUGCGUCGUCGCUCUUCUGGAGCACGGGGCCGAUCCUAACCACUCGGACGCGUGCGGGCGGAACGCGCUUAGAGUCGCUGCCAAAUCGGGGCAUAGGGGCGUGGUCCGACUGCUAGAGGAGCAUAACAUGAGGUCCCACAAAAUGGCGCACACAAGCAGCAGCGCCAACUCGAUCACAUCUGUAGGUUCAACCGCCGAGACGAAGGCGUGCAGCGCCGUUCUCUACCCGGGGCCCGGUGCCUCCGACUGGUCCGACCAUCAACGACGAUCCAUGGUCUCUUUAGGCAACCACAGCUCCAACUCGAAAUCCAGCUCAAACCUCACCGGCUCUAGUCAUUCCAGCAAACACGGCGAUAGACCACGGGAGACUGUCCCCAAUCCGCAGCCUCUCUCGUUCACCCAACAGCUUCAGCAGUGCACGCGGGGUGGAAAAACGCGACCGCUCAGUAAACUACUAUCCCCGUUACAGAGCGAGCCUCAAAGUCCCAUAUACGCGUCGCCGCCUCUAAGUCCGGUACAUGAUCCGCCGAACGUCUUCGUUAUAGGUGCGAUGAACAUCUACCAGCCGGUCUUGAGGCACAACAACUACUUCGCGAACAUGUCGGACACGCACUUCGCCCGCGACACCCACAUGAGGAUAAUUUUGGGCAAUUCCGGUAGCUCGAGCAGUAGUAAAACGGACAAGAAAACCGAAAAUAGCAAUAUCUCCAGCGGUAACUCGAAACCUAAGCGCAACGGUAUCGUGACGAAUCCUGCGCUGCGAUUGGUCGCGAACGUCAAGAACGGCCUCGAUACGGCGGCGGCAAACUUCCGAAAGUCGACGUCUAGCUCUAAUCCUAGCACGAAGACGAACAGUUUUCAUUGGAGAAAGGAGACCCCGUUGUAAAGUAUAUUGAGAGCGAGUACCUAGUCAAUAUUAUGGUUAAUUUCGUACUACCCAGAUGAUGCUGUAACCUCUUUACCCCUAGUCUUGUAAAAAUCAAAGAUUAAUAUUAGAGUUUUGUGUUAGUUUUUAAGUAGCGAUUACGGCCUAUUUUACAAACAUUACGUUUUAUUACGUUUGUGAUAGACGCUUUCUGUAGAUUACGAGAAUCAUUUCUAUUUUUUUAUUUAAAUAUAUACACGUCUAUAAAUGAGCGAUUAAAUCGUCACCCCGACUUGGAGGAAGCUCACAAUAUGCCUUGCAUUAUUAUAUUUUUUUAUUUUGGAUUUAUCGUUUGUUUAAUAGCUCAUUUAUGAAUAAAUCAAGCCGUAUAUGUUUAUAACGUGUAUCUUAUAAUGUAAUAUGAAAAUAAUUACGGUUGUAGGGCAAAUCUUUUGCUUUAAGUAAAUGUUGCCAUUUUGUGUUUCGCGAUUAUUUAUUUUGUGUGUGAUCUCAUAUGAUAUGUGUAUUAUUUGUAUAUUUUUUAUAUUACUUUUUUGUGAAGCUUUGAUACUAGCGUAUUAUUUACAAUAUUAAAUUAUGUAGCUUAGGUUCUCAGUGAUGAUACCGGUUCGCAAUAUGCGUUAAACUUUUUGUUCUACGACCGACCGACCGUGGGUAAAUUUUUUUUUUUUUUUCGAUUUUACUUGUGUAACGUCUUUGUUAUUCAUUGUAAUAAAUGUUUAAUUUUUAUACAGAUUUAAAAUUUGUGCACUGUAUAUUAUGAAAACAGUAUUAAUAAAAGUUUUAAAAACA